UAGAAGUUUAUGAUUAAAUUAUUACAGUUUACGAGCUCGAAGCGACUGACAAAUCGACAUUUUGUGCGACUACUUGGAAUGGCCAACAAGACACAAUAUAAUGAGGACAACAAGUUGGACACAUUCCGACGUAUUUGUGAUAAAAUAGCCGCUGAGUCAAGCUAUCUGAGCAAGGCCAAGGUACUGGAGCAAUACUUUGCCAAGGGCAUCAGUGGCAAUGGGUUUGUGGGUGAUAAGUUAUUGUGGGUUCAAUUUCUAAUCCCGGGAGCUUCACAACGAGUCUACAAUCUCCAAAACAAGGCGCUUCUAAAGCUUUUCGCACGCAUUCUCCACACGGAUCAGCAGCAAAUGCAUCUGGACUUGGAACAGGAUGGCGAUGUGUCGGAGACAUUGCAAAAGCAUUUCGAAUCCUCCACCAAGCUAAAACCGCAGGCACAGAGCAAACUCUAUCUUCAAGAAGUUGAGAAGCUACUUUGCGAGUUGGAACAGCGCACCAAGGAAGACGAGCAAACCGAACUGUUGCGAAACUUUUGCACACAAGCCACCGACUUGGAUUUGCGAACUUUUAUAAGACUGAUAAAGCAGGAUUUGCGCAUCAAUGCCAGGGCACGCCACAUACUUGACGCCUUUGGGCCACUGGCCUACCCAGCGUAUCAGGCAUCGCGAGAUUUGGAGGCCAUAGUCCGUCAAUUUGGUGGACAAACAAAGCCAAGCAAUCUACAAUCUACAGCAACAAAGGGGGCGGCUGCCAAGAAGGGCAAAGCAUUGCCCAGUGGUAUUCAAGUUAUGACGCCCAUAUCGCCCAUGCUGGCAAAUGCCUGCAAGUCUGUGGAGGAGGCAUUCAAGAAAAGUCCCAGCGGGCUCUACAGCGAAAUAAAAUACGAUGGCGAGCGCGUGCAAAUCCACAAACAAGGUAGCGAGUUUAAAUUCUUUAGUCGCAAUCUGAAGCCUGUAAUGGACCACAAGAUUAAAAGACUCAAGGAGUACAUACCAAAGGCAUUUCCUAGUGCUGGCGACAUGAUUCUAGACUCGGAAAUUAUACUUGUAGAUACGGAGACUGGGGACUUGCUGCCUUUUGGCACACUGGGAGCACACAAGAAGGAGACAUAUGACAAUGCCGCCGUUUGCCUUUUCGUCUUCGACUGUAUACUGUACGAUGGCGAUGACUUGACGCAGAUGGAGUUUCGGGGUCGUCGUGAAAUAUUGGAGCAAAAUAUUAAACCCAUAAAAUCGUAUGUGCAGUUAUCUGAAUCGCAGUUUCUCAAAACCAAGAGCGAGCUCUCAAUUAUGACAGCCAAAGUUCUGCAGGCCAAUCUAGAGGGUGUAGUGUUGAAGAGUCCGAACGGCACCUACCAGCCUGGACGACGUGGGUGGUUAAAGGUGAAGAAGGACUAUCUUUUUGGCGGCAAAAUGGCUGAUACAGCGGAUUUGGUAGUGUUGGGAGCCUGGUAUGGGUCUGGCAAGAAAGGCGGUGUGCUCAGCAUUUUUCUCAUGGGUUGCUACGAUGCACGUGAUCGAUUGUGGAAAACUGUGACUAAGGUGCAUUCAGGACUGGACGACGCCACCAACGAAGAAAUUCAUAAUAAUUUAAUGCAGUUAACCGAUCGUACUACUGCCAACAAAACACCUAAUUGGCUGCUAUGCAAAAAAUCGCUGGUGCCCGAUGUGCUGGCCAAGGCUCCUGAAAAAAUGCCCGUCUGGGAAAUCACCGGAGCUGAGUUCACCAAGUCGGAGGCGCAUACAGCAGCUGGAAUAUCAAUACGCUUUCCUCGCAUAACGCGGCUGCGUAGCGACAAAACGGCCAAGGAAGCCAAUGACUUGGAACAUUUGGAAAAACUGUUUGCAGCCUCAAAACAAAAUAUAAAUGUAGACCUCUUGCUGGCCAAUUGUAAUGAGGAUGAUGAACUAGAAAUUAAAGUGGAGAAGACGCCUAAGAAAGCUAGUCUGGAUAAGAAAGCAACAAGCAGCAGGAAGAAAUUGAAGCGCUCCAACAACGAUACAGAUGACGAGGAAAACGAAGGAGCAGGUUCCUCUCACAAAAGUAGUGCCAGUAAAAACAGAAAGCUGGAGACAUCGGCGACUAAAACUACAGUGCCUCAGAAAGGUCUAAUGGACUAUUUCAAGCCAAACUCAAGCAGGGCGACUUUAAAAAAUGAGGAGAACAUAAAAAGUGAAGAACUCGAAAAGAGCAAGAAGAGUAAUUUAUUUACUGGACUGGUGGCACAUUUUACAACAGAUGCGGCGCUGCCCGAGCACAAGGAUGCCUUUGUGAGCAAUGGCGGCACUUUGACAACAAAUACUCAAAAGGCUACACUGGCCUUCUACAGCAAGAAUACAUCUACCGAUCUGCAACAGAUAAGAUCAAUGUAUCGUCGUGGAUGUCGUCAUUUGAAUGUAAGCUGGCUCCGUGCAUCGUUGGAGGCGCAGGCGUGCCAGCCCCACCCUCUCUAUGCACUGGUUCUCAAAUAUUAGCAAAAGCCGGUUAACUCAAAUUACAUAUAGAUUCUAUUUAUAGCAACGGGCAGAGCUCAUGCCUUUUGCGACGCUUUCAGAUAAAACAAAAUAUUAUUGUUUUUGUUUUGGGCGAAAAAAUUUA